UCUUAAUCAAUUCAACAUAGUUUAAUAUCGACUAAAGGUAUUCACGGUGUAUGAUAAGAUAAUACAUAGAUCUUAAGUUCAUCUUCAUCGCCAGUUCAUACAUCUAACCCCAAUUACAUACCACUUACGACAAAUGUCUUAUCUCAAUCUCACCUCCUCCAAACUCAGAAACUAUCCCAACUGUCAAUGGCAUAUCCUGGACACUGUAGCAGCCGUCUUCUCCGUCGUCGCCAUCCUCUUCUUCAUCGUCCUUUUCCCCCAUUGCUGCUUACAGCAACCAAAACCCUCAUCUGCUCCACCACCGCCAAUCUCAAACAUUACCAUCAUCUCGUUGAGUUAACAGAGGGAGAUUAAACAGUGUAUACCAGGUGAUUGAUGAAACGCCUAAGAGAACUAAAGUUUUGGGAAAAAAAAAUUUCAUAAUUUUACCAAACGCAAAUGGCGACAGUUUGUUCCAUUCCGUUUGACAAACCAAACAGUUGUUUCUUAUUCCAUUGGAAUGCACCAUUCCAUUCCUUACCUGAUUUCAUCAGAUGGUGAUCAACGCUAUACCAUUCCAUUCCACAUAGCACUUGUUUAUAUAUCUGUCAUUUAUUCUUUUAAAAGACUUAACAAUUGCCAAUUGGUUCUUCUUACUUUUAAAAAGCCCAACUAAAUUAUAAUUAAUAAAGUGAGAUGCUUUGAUGUAAUACCAUUUGCAUUAUAUAUUUAUCAUUAUUCUUUCCAACCUACAAAAUGACUAAAUAAUCCAUGACAUUUGACGGAAAUAUACCUACUUUUUGUUAUAAAAAAAAUGUACUAGGAUGACCACUCAGCUACCCCUUCAAAGCAGCAUAACUUCCUCUUGCAUUCUGAACUGUAAAUCAGCCAUGGCUACCACAUCAUCUUCUUCAACCUUGGAUAUGUCCAGUGGAUUUCCACCAAAUCCACCUCUUAAACCUGAUGAACUCCAUCAUUGUGUUCAAGCUCUCAAGUUUUUCAAGGAGAAACGGACUCAUCAGUUAUCAAUUAUCAAAAAAGACUUCACCAAUUUGAAGGUUUUUUGGUGUUUAAUUCAUUUACGAUAUGUGUAAUUUUACAAGAAAGUUUUUACAAAUGUGUUUUGAAUUUUGUACAGGGCCAUGUAUUGACAGAGUCAGAAGUCGAUAGUAUUUGCUCUGUGGCUAAUAUACAUAGUCACAAAAACCGCUACCCUGAUGUUGUACCAUGUAUGCUAAUGCUAAUGCUAAUCAAACCCCUUUUUUGUCUUUUUCACAUCAGCUAAGAUAAUAAGAUCCUUAUGUUUCAGACGAUUCACACAGGAUUGUUCUUGAUGACAUGUCAUCAUCAUCAUCACCAAUGGGAUACAUCAAUGCUAGUCUUAUCACAGCAGAAGUCAAUCCAUCUGAAAAUAUAUCAAGAUUCAUAGCCACUCAAGGCCCUCUUCCUGAAACCUUUGAAGAUUUCUGGGAAAUGAUACUCCAAAAUCAUUGUCCAGCUAUUGUCAUGCUCACUUGCCUUGUUGAUGCUGACAAGGUAUUCAAACUCUUAUCCCCAUCUCCACCAACAUUAUAAUUACAUAAAUCUACAUUAUUGCUUUUAUUUUAUAUAUAUGAUCUGCUCUCAAUGUCCUAUUCAGAUUGAGAAAUGUGGAGACUAUUUUCAGUCAGAGAAUGGUUUGAGAUUGUUUGACAAUAAUAUACGCACUCUUACUAGAACAACAACCACAACAAAACACUUCACUUGUGUUGCGUGAUAUGGUAGUGAAUUAUGAAGAGGUAAACCAAUCAUAUUUGUUACCUACAUUCUUGAUCUCUUGUCUGUGAAAAAGACGUGAACGCCCUUUUGGUAUAUAUGACAGGGUGGUCCUCUUCCUGUAUUUCAUAUUCAAUAUCAUGAAUGGCCUGAUCAUGGAGUUCCAAAUGACACGUCAGCUGUUCGAGACAUUUUUAGAAGAUUACGUCAUUUGCCAUCAUCCAAAGGCCCGAUUUUGGUGCAUUGCAGGUUUAUUGAUCUUGUUUUUUAUUAAGAUAUGUGAAUUAAAGAUGUUUAGGUAAAACUUUUACAUGUUAUAUAUACAGUGCAGGAAUUGGUAGAACUGGAACAUAUUGUGCAAUUCAUAACACGAUUCAAAGAAUUUUAAUUGGUGACAUGUCUGCUUUGGAUCUUGUUAAAACCAUAGCCACUUUUAGGUCACAAAGGAUGCGAAUGGUUCAAACAUGUGUAUGUCUCAUUUUGAUCUGUAAAUUCUUUUAUACAUUCCAUUUUUUAUGUUUGUUUUGAGCAUAAUAUUAAGUGCUCAGCAUUUUAUGUUUCACAGGAUCAAUACGUGUUCUGCUAUGAUGCUAUAAUUGCUGAACUUGAAGACCUUAUCUUGGAUUCCAACACUGAAGAGAGCUUAAAAUGGUAAAUUCAUGUGUAUACAAUUCCCAAUUGUUUAUAUUUUAUAAAUCACUAAACCAUAAUACAUCGACAUGAUAAUGCAGAUUGAUGAUGUCCAGAUUCAGCAAAAUUUGAUGGCAUCAUUGUUGUAUGUGGUGUGUAAUAAGGCUAUGUGUUUCACUCUUUGUUCUCUUGUGAAAUGACAUCUAUAACCCUCUUGUCCCAGGGUUUCAUUGGUUGUUUUAUACAAUAACGUAAUUUAUAACCAUUUGAUAUAUAUAAAUGUUACGGAAAAUGAUUAAAUAAAAGAGGU